UGAAACCCUCAUUAUUGUGUGUGUUUACAGAUGGCUGCCUGUGUCCCGGGUAAAGUCAUUAGAGCUCAGGGUUUGGAUCUGGAUCCGCUCAGAGUGGAUCUACUGGCAGCCGUUAAGCCUGCAGCGCUGUCGGUGCAGAUGGAGGAGGAGGGGGGGGCGCUGCAGUUUCACGCCUCGGCCGGUGAUUUACUGACGGCAGAAUCAGAGGAGAAAAAGCUGCUCGUUCGGGACUUUGACGUCACGCGGGCCCUUCAGCUGACAAACAACUCAGAGAUGCCGCUACGCUUCAAACUGGGGGCUCGGGAUCCAUUUGUAGUGCUCAGGCCGCAGACUAGAGUCCAAAGCAGCAGCUCCAGCAACCCGAACACUGCAGAGAGCCAGACCCUGCUGCUGCAGCCGCAACACAGCAUGCAGGUGAGGAGAGGAGAACAUAACACUUACUCAUACCAGAGGAACAUGUGUUGA